GCCUACAUAGAUGUGGUAAAGAGAUCAAUGGUAUGCAGACCGAGGAGGACAGAAUGACACCGGAUUGGCGUACAUUCAAACAAUCUCUUAUUUUACAAAGUGGAUAUUCAUCAAAUCUGUCAUGAUUGAUGUAUUGUAACAGGCCCACAAUGUGGUUACUAAAGUCAGAUUUGGAUACAUGUUCCUGUUUUCACUGCAUAACAUUUAGAAGUAGUCCCUUUUCAGGUUUAGAAGAAGUGACCUCUAAAUUCUAACUCCCCGUUCAUAUAAACUGGUACUGUAGCAUAGCUAGCAUAGAGAAAUCGGUGGUAGUAGCCAGUUGUUUUUAACUGUAAUGCAGUUGAUUGGUGAUGAUGACAUGAACAUGUCCAAUUUUUACCUCAACAUAGUGUGAUAUAGCCUACACAUAUAAACAACAGCCUAAAUGUUGGCUAAUUUUGCUGGGGGGACAAUGAGGAGAUUCGGGAUCUUUCCCCUACAGCAUCUUUCCCCCAAGCCUCCAUUGUUUUGGUCGAAUUCCAUUUAACCUUUAUUUAACAAGGCAAGUCAGAUAAGAACAAAUUCUUAUUUACCACAUCUAUAGGCCUAACCUACAAUGUGACUCUCUUGUUGUCUAAAAUAAGCGAAACAGUCUAAAUCGAUCGACGGAAGCAAACAUGGCCUUUGGCUCUAUUUUGCCAACUGUUUCACUGUGUUUUCUUUCCCGAGGAGAAGCUAAAGGCUAAGAAGUUGGACAAAACAUUUCUAUCCAGAGCUUCUCUUUGUAUUAAUUACAGGGAAAUACUUGACUGGCGAGAUUACACAGGCUAGUUAACAUCUGAGAUGUCCCGUGGGACACUUUCUUUGGGAUUUUCGUCACUUUUCGGGGCAGACCAAGCCUGCUCCCACAGAUGGGUGCCCAUGUUAAAAAAAAAAUUACAAUGGCAUAUAAUGAUUGCCUCUGGACCCUGACAAUUCCUUAAAAUAUAAUUUCUAAGGCCUCGAUCACACCGACAGUGUUAUUGCAUUUUGGUACACCAGAAGUGCAUUCGUUUCCAAUUGAAAGCUGCAUUUUCCUUGCAGCAUCGCGUUGCAGAGGCAGUUGUAGUGCAUUCUGUGUGGUGCAUACGUUGGAUUUAUUAUGCAUCAAACUGAAUGUAUAGACGGCUGGACAGAAAUGGUAGCAGAAGGUGAGUGUUGAACUUUUGUUGCACACACAUCCAGAUGAUGAUGCAUACUAUUUUGCGCAAAUGUAUAUACUGUCUGUGUGUUCUAGGCAUAACCCUCUUGACAGGUGUAUUGCUGUUUGAAAGUGUGUUUAACCUAUGGUCUGACACUGGCAUAGGCCUAAUCCAAAUACUGGCAUAGGCCUAAUCCAAAUACUGGCAUAGGCCUAAUCCAAAUACUGGCAUAGGCCUUAUCCAAAUGAAAGAAUGCGAGGAAAGGAAGUGUUUUCAAGUUUCUCUGGAUUGUCUCAUUGAUUGUGGGUGGUAUAUGUAGGUGAACACGUAACCUAUUCAUGUUAAUAUGCAUGCAUGGCUAUCAGUUUAUUGGAUCUCUGCUUUUUGGCCAACAUUUCCAAAGGGAUGCGAGAGACUUCACCACAGCACCCAUUGAUAUGAAAUUCAAUCGUCCCUCUCACUCCUCUUAACUAUUCUGCUGGUUAAAUCAAUGCAUGCAUACAAUUGUGAUUGGAUCCCUAGUCUAGACACAUCUUAAUCUCAAAGGGUAUAGGCCUAUAGUUCUCCAUAUGGAAAAGAGUAUCUGGAAACAAGCAUAUAACUCUGACCAAAGGCACAAGCCUCAGUUGUAGUCUUCCUUAAUCAGCUACAGGCAUCAUUCAGCACUAACUACAUAUUACUCCUUUAUAAAGGGUCACACAUUUCCAACUGAAGGUUUCACUUUAUUAAAAGCCAUUUAGUCAAGGUCUUACAAGGAGAGUAAUUGACCCCGGCUUCUUGGAACAAUCAGACAAACCAACCCCUAACUUCUGGGAGAUAAAGCAAUAGAGCACAUUUGACAGAAAUGACUUUGUUUUCGCUCAUAAUGGCCGCCUGGUUAUCUGAAACGAGCUUUCUGUGUUCAGAAGAUAAGAUUUUUUUAUUAGGCGUCAGGAUGUAAUGUCUUACAAUUCGCCUCUAAAGCGCCAAAGAAAAAUAGACGUUAUCUACUCAAUUAAGCAUUGUGAUGAAGUCACUCGUGGAUAUUCCUCCAUCUCUGGCAAUACAAAAAGCCCCGUCUGCCCUGAUAGGAUUGAAGUCAUUUUCCGUUUUAUCUGUGGGUCAGGUGGCUUUGGCGUGCAUCAAUCAACAUAGACGCCCAGAAAAACAGGUUGUUAAAAAACCCACACAAGGAGAACGCUAAUGGGCAACCCCUACAUGAACCGGUUGAUUAAUUUCAGAGGCCAUCUCCCUAUGGGUAGGUAAAGGUUAUCCACCAAACAGGCACAUAAUGAUGGUCAAAUAAAGGUGAAGUGGGCUAUGACUAAGCUAGAAGGGCUGCGGCGCAUAGGUAGGUAUAUUACACGAAUAUGAAAACAGAUGAGAGCGCACUACUGUCACUUUUAAGCAAGUACAGGCCUACACCAUAUAGGACUACGAAGGCUAAUAAUUUUCUUUAAAAAAUAAUCUAAUGAAAACAUCAGGCGAUCUCUACGGCACUGACAACAGAACAGUCUAAUGCUGUACUCAUUUUAAAAAAGGUUGGUCAUUUUGUCCCAUGACUGCCGAUCUAUGCAUUGAAAUAUUAAACUCAAGAAACAUAGUUGCAUUAUUACAUUACUUAUGCUUGAGAAUAUGAAAUCAGUCUCCCGACCAAAAGGACACACACACACACCAAUAGAGCAAUGGAGACAAACCAAUAUGAAUAUGUCAAUAGACGACAUGAGAGCUUGUGGGGGCCUAUGUGUCCGCUGGUGUGGCCACCGAAUGCGGCGUGAGCGCGCAUUCAAAAACCAUCGUUUGAAGACGCUGAGUGUGAGUGAACGAGUGAAUGGCAGGGGGCGGAUGCUUUCAGGUGGUCUACGCUCAUAUGCUUUCAUUUGGGACUGAUGGAAUGAGCGCGACCGAAUAGGAUCCGAUUCCAGCGCCACUGUGAAAGACAUGAUAGACUACGGACUUGGGAUAUGCAAAUGGUUUGUUGUGGAACUUUCGGAAUCGGACAAGAUAAAGCUGCUUUUGUCAUGAUGGGAAUAUAACGUUGAAAAUAUGAGAUGAUACCUGGUGCGUGUCGGUUUAACAUAAUUAUAGAGACUUGAGGGACUUUCCAUGGCUUUAUAUAAUUCCGCUGGGACCUCCGAGGUGGAAAAAACGAUGUCCACAUAUGAGGAUCUGGGUGCGUUCUAUGUGGAUUCCGAUGGCUAUCCACAUGGCUAUAUAUUUGGAUAUACCAGUCAUCUAAUGCGAAGAAAAGCUCAGGUAAGCUCAAGACAAAUUUAAAAUAUUGCAUAUGCAACUAAGGUAUUGCAAGUGGUUAUAUUUUGUUGUUGACUGAAUGUUAAAGAAGUCUGCGUCUUUAUCUGAAGAUACGUUUACUUUUGUUUGUUGAUGACUCGCGGACGUUGUCCAAGAUUCAGCACGGUGAACAGCGCACCUUCUUCCGUGGAUAAGAUGUUACUUUGUUGUCGUGAUGAAGUUAACACAGACGGGCUACGAAAAUAUACUGUCAGAGUAGGUUAUCAUGUCUACGAAAGUAUACUGUCAGAGUAGGUUAUCAUGUCUACGAAAGUAUACUGUCAGAGUAGGUUAUCAUGUCUACAAAAGUAUACUGUCAGAGUAGGUUAUCAUGUCUACGAAAAUAUACUGUCAGAGUAGGUUAUCAUGUCUACGAAAGUAUGCAUCUGAAAGUUAGCAAAAGUUUUAGUGCAACAUGCAUAAAGCCUAUUGAUAAAUGUCGGUUACACUAAAAGGAGUCACGAGACCAGACUUUCCAUUUUUUUUGCUGAACACCUUUUUAUAUACUGGCGCUUUUGAGUGGAACAAACUACCACAGCAACUCAAAGCCAUGCCACCCAUAACUUAAUUUAAAAAUAAUGUCAAGAGCUGGCUAAUGAUCGAGCUAUAGAAGAAAGGAAAUCAUUUCUGUAUGUAGUAAUACUCUAGACUAUGACAAUGUCGUCCUUUGUUUUGUUAUGUUAUCUGUGUAACCAAUGUAUGCCCAGUAGGCUAGGUAUACUGUGUAACCUAGGAUUACUACGUUUAUGUUUCUACUUUUUUUUUUUUUUACCAUUUAAGAGGACCACAGUGGAAAUACGUGUUCAAACUUGUUUUGUGUCAUCCUCGAUGAUUGUAAAUGCAUUAUCCGCAUGUGUGGCUGUAUUGUGUUUAACAUUGUCAAAUACAUCUAUAUUUCUAUUGUCAAAUCAAACUAAUUAGUCAUUUUCAGUAGGCUUGUCUAUCCACGCAACAGCAGCAGUUGUUUGACGAUAAUGCAUAUGAGAAACACAGAUAGGAGUGAUGACAGCACGUCCGUAGCCUAUGUCAGAUAUCAAUGUCUGUACUGUGAGCGGACAUCAACAGCCUAAUCUAUAACGAGUAAUUGUGUUAGAUAAUGGUCAGGUGAGGGCGCCAGAGCAAUACGAACCAGGGCCUUCGUCUUGUUAUAAGAGGUGGUAUUAGCAGCAAUCCCAACCCGAGUACAAUAGCCUACUGUGGGGCGAGCGUGAGUUCUUGACUAUAAAUAAUUUCGAUCACACAGGCGCACAAAAUACAUCCAAAUGAUUUCUUUGUAUAGGGGACUUGACUGUAAACGAGUAGCUUCGAUAAUCCUUCCGACCAAGCACUCUCCAUCCUCAUUGUUGGAAAUGUGCGGACUUUGUUAUGCAAAUGCAUGCAAUUAAAAUGUCGAUCACAAAGCCUAGCAAUUUUUUAAAGAUGUCGUUCAUAAAUUGAAACAGUAGCCUAAUCCUUGUCAUCAAGAGUGAAAAUAAGUGAUGAACGUUUUGGCAAAGUAAUAUGAGGUUUAUUCCAGUCAACCAAUACAAAUUAUACAAUUGAAUCUCCAUUAUGAUCUAUUUUAGGCCUAUGUGCAGUCAUUGUGAAACUGAACUUGUUUGACAGAGCGCCCCAUAUCCCCUAGUCAAACGUCCCAUCACAAAGUUAGAACAAGUUGAAACGGAGAGCUCCACCCAUCCAUCCCAUGUAGGCUAGUGCUUCAUCCGAACAGUCCACCAAAUUGAAUUCUGCCGCUGUCAGACGCGCUGUGGGUAUGAGUUAAACUGCCAAGGGACUACUGCAAGGACUAUUUUAUCACCAUACAUUGUUCUGGGCGAUUUACCAAGAUAUGGAAGGGCCAAAUCGUCACCAAUAAAUGUGGGAACUGUAGGCAAUAGCGUUAGAUAGGCUGGAGGUUCGAUCGAAAAAGUGUGUGAGUUGGUAACAUAGACGAGAUGUACUCACAGUAUUGGAAUACGGCUCGAGGACGCAAACCAGACUUCAGGAGAUAUACGGUUGUUGAGGGAGAGACCCUGAUAUCUCUGGGAGUCAAAGCAAGGAGGAGGCUUCAGUCGGCGCCGGUGGAGGAAGUCGGAUGCGGCGGCCGGCCGAACCCUGAGGGCGCUGGGUCAGUGUCUGUGACGGAGUUGAGUCACUACGGGGAAAAGGGAGAAGGCGAGGGGCCCCUGUGCCAACGAUGCCAGAUCAUCGCUACAGAGCUGAACAGGCAAGCGCUUGCUUUGGCCGAUCCUGCGUCCCUGAAGGACCCGGGCUUCGCCGUGUUCCUGUUCGACAAGCUCCAGCACCUCCAGUGUCCACAUAGGGGCCCGUAUGCUAGAGAGGACAGCACCUGCCAGGUCUGUGGCACUGCCCUCCACCAACUGAGACGCCUGGCCCUGCAGAAAGCCUUGGGCCUCACCGGAGACAUGCCCGACCUGCAUCCUGGAGCCUUCUCCUCAGGGCUGACCCCCCGCCCUGCCGCCCACAGCGUGGGCACCCUACCCUGCCAGGACUGGUCCAUGGAGGACUCGCCAGCCAAGCAGCCACCCAGGUUCUAUGAUCAGAUUCCUGGAGAAAGGUUCAGGGGGGGACUCCAGGGUUGGGGUGGGAUCCAGAGCAGCUACAUGGGAGGGUCCAAGUCCACGGUGAAUCCCAUACCACAGCACUUUCUGGAGGGAGUGUGGAGAGUCUCUCGUGUCAGGAGGGAUCAUCACCCUCAUUCUGCUAUGACGCAGGGCUUGGCUCCUGACCCAUACAGGAACUACAUGCCCAUUGCCCCUGGGAGCCCCAUCUACGACUAUGCCACCAUCACUCCUACCGUACCCCAGCCCCAGCCCACCCCCACCCAAACCAGCCACACACCCUCCGCUGCAGCCUCGUUCUUCAUCAGGGCCGCCCAGAAGCUCAGCCUCUCGUCCAAGCGGAAGAAGCCCCAGCAACCUCAGCUCCAGUCUCCACCCGAACCUGCCGAGCCCCUGGUCUACACAGGUGGCUUCAGCGGUGCCCUGCAGCUGUCCCCACCUGCCGUGCCGCCAUGCCUCCUCCGGGCCGGUUCAAAGGUCAAGGACACCCCGGGGAUGGGAAAGGUCAAAGUGAUGGUGCGCAUCUGCUCUGCCCAGGGCUCCAGCAACACCUCGGAGUCCAGGUCAUUUCUAAAGGUGGACGCCCGCAAGAAGCAGCUCACCCUCUGCGAAACGUCCGCUAACUGCCACUCCAGUGCUGCCCAGAGGCGCGCCGCCGCAGCCGCCCCCAAGAUGUUUGCUUUCGAUGCUGUUUUCUCCCAGGAUGCAUCACAAGCUGAGGUGUGCUCGGGGACGGUGGCGGAGGUCAUCCAAUCGGUGGUGAACGGUGCAGACGGCUGCAUCUUCUGCUUAGGCCAUGCCAACCUCGGUAAGACGUACACCAUGAUUGGUCGGGACUGCUCCACACAGAGCCUGGGUGUGGCUCCCUGCGCCAUCUCCUGGCUCUUCAAGCUCAUCGAGGAACGCAAGGAGAAGGCCGGGGCACGCUUCUCGGUCCGCGUGUCCGCCGUGGAGAUCUCCGGCCGGGACGAGGCGCUGACCGACCUGCUGUCCAAUGUGUCCACAGGCAGCCUGCAGGAUGGCCAGUCUCCGGGGGUGUACCUGCGCGAGGACCCCAUCUGUGGGUCACAGCUACAGAACCAGAGUGAGUUGCGUGCGGCCACUGCAGAGCGGGCAGCCUACUUUCUGGACACAGCCCUGGAGGCACGAAGCACCAGCCGCCCUCACUGCGAUGAGGAGGAGAGGAGAAACUCCCACAUGCUCUUCACCCUCCACAUCUACCAGUACCGCAUGGAGAAGAGUGUCAAAGGAGGAAUGUCUGGCGGCCGCAGUCGUCUGCACCUGCUGGAUCUGGGCAGCUGUGAGACAGACAUACGUCGGACUCGGGAAGGAGGUGGAGGCCAGUGUCUGUCGCUCUCUGCUCUGGGAAACGUCAUCCUCGCCCUGGCCAAUGGGGCCAAGCACGUACCCUACAGGGAUAGCAAGCUCACCAUGUUGCUGAGGGAGUCUCUGGGCAACAUCAACUGCCGAACCACCAUGAUAGCACACAUCUCUGACUCACCAACCAAUUACAUGGAGACGCUCACCACUGUGCAGCUGGCCUCGCGUAUCCACCGCAUGAGGAAGAAGAAAUCCAAGUAUGCAUCCAGCUCCUCUGGUGGCGAGAGUUCCUGCGAAGAGGGACGAAUCCGCAAGCCACACUUGAGACCCUUCCACCCACGAACCGUGGCUCUUGACCCCGAUAUGCCCACAUUGCUGUCCAGUGACCCGGACUAUUCAUCCAGCAGUGAGCACUCCUGCGACACGGUCAUCUACAUCGGGCCUGGUGGGGCCACCAUUUCAGACAGAGAGCUCAGCGACAAUGAGGGCCCACCUUCCUUUGUUCCGAUCAUCCCCUCGCUGAACAGGAAGCGCGGGAAAGACACCCAACGCCCGGAGGUGGAAUACUUCAAGUGCGACACGUUUGCUGAGCUCCAAGAGAGACUGGAGUGCAUUGAUGGCAGCGAGGGCCCAGCUGCCUUCACUGGGGAGGGCAAAGGGGCACAAAUAGCCCAAAGGACCAAUAGCCCAGAGGAGACUGUGUCCCCCAAGACUGUUAAAUCCCCCUCCCAAAAGCCUCUCGUUAGCACAACAACCACCAACACAGCUCCCGCUAAGUCUGAGCAGGAACAUUCCAAAUUGUCCUUAGAUGGAGGAGUCCCAGAGAGUCACAAACGGACAAGUGCAGAUGGGGAGAAGGUUCUGGCCUGCGUGGUUAAGCCCAGCGUUUUGUUGCAAGACUCAGAGCCUGUGGUGCGAGAGAAGGUCUACCUCAACAAAGGGCCUACUGUACCUAAGCCUUCUGCCUCUCCUUCUUUGCCAAGAUCCUCCAGAACACCCUCUCAGGGCCUGGAUGCUAUCUGCCGCGCACCCCCUGUGGGCAUGAGUCAGCAGGCCCUAAGGCAAGGACAACAUGGGGGGUCCCCGGUCCUGGAGAGGGCCCAUCAUGGCAGGAGUCCCAUGGAGAUGAGCCACCUUCGGUCAGCAUUGAGGGGCAGAUGCCUGGAGAGAGAUGUCCUGAGGACCACGAUCACCCUGCAGCAACCCGUGGAGCUGAAUGGGGAAGACGAGCUGGUGUUCACAGUUGUGGAGGACCUACCCAUAGGACUGGUCCCAGACAAUGGGCGGCCCUCCAGCAUCAUCAGCUUUAAUAGUGACUGCUCCCUUCAGGCCCUGGCCUCAGGCUCCCGUCCUGUCAGCAUCAUUAGCAGCAUCAACGAUGAAUUUGAUGCUUACACGGCUCAAGAGUGUCAAUCUGGGGUGAGCUCAGCCUCACAGGAGGAGAUGUUUGCCCAUCAUGGUAGCAGACAGUCUUCCAUUGGCUCCUGGCCGAGUGAAGUGAGCGUGUGCUCCUUGGAGAGCGACGGCACCCAUUCGACAAGUAGAUUCUUACAGAGGGCUAAGUGCAUGGUACCGGAGAACACCUCCAUGUUGUCCUCCCCUGGUAUAUUCCGUAGGGAGCCGUUCUUGCAGCAUGGUACCAAGAGCUCCCUAAAUGACAGUGGUGUCUGCUUCUCUGAGUUGGACAGUGACCCCGCAACCCCAAGCAAGCUCUCCCUAACUAAGUGCCCACCUUCUCCUGACUCUACCAAAGCAUCUCUCAGAGCAAACACUCUGAACACCUCAGCCUCUUCUCAGAUCCCACACCAUGCUGUUCACUCCAGUCUUCCCAGGAAAACCAAACCUACCUCAUCAGUUGCCCCAAGCUGCAGCAGGCAGGAAGGCAAGCAAGAUGAUCUCUGGUUGCGAGGGGGCGGCCAUUCGGAUCCUAGAGCGACUGAAUCCACUGUGGCGAGUAAGCCACCCAGAAAUGGCGUGAGUGGCCUCCCUUCCAGGAAGCCGGGAGGAAACAGCAACAGUGUACCUCGACCGCCGAAAGCACAGGUAUCCUCCUCGACUCAGAGGGUGGUAGACGGUUGUGAAAAGUCCAGCAGCAAGAAAGCAGAGACCAUGAGCAGGAUGCCACAGCUCAGGCGAGGCGCCACCACUCUUGGCACAGUGUCAGUCCCCCACAGUUCCCCUGAAUCAAAAUGGGGCCGCGAUGGUAGUGGUAGUCUGAGAUUCUCCUCUUUGGGAAAGAAGGCAAAUGGACAGAAAAGCAGCAUGCUUCCAAAGUCCGGCUCUAUCUCUCCUCCUGCUCCACCUGUUCGCAAAUCAAGCCUUGAUCAAAAGACAAGGAUAGUCUUAUCUCCUAGUGCCUUAAGGGCAGCCAGCGACGCUGCAAGGUCCUCAUUGCCUAAAACAUCAGUAUCCGAGGAGGAAUUUGACGUUCGAUUCAGAGGGGAUUUGUUUAGCUACAAAACAUCCAGCUUGAAGGCUGACCAUGGCUCAGCUAAGACAGCGUCAAGCCUGAAGACACGAGGAGCCAAAGGCGAUUCUGGAAGGUACUAUGGUAGCCUAAUGUCCUUGGAGAGAAGUGACAGUCUAAUCUCAGUGAGGUCCAGACCUGGCCUGUCGAGAGAGAAUAGUGGCAUUAGUUUAGGAGACAAUGGAAAAUCCAAUAGAUCAGUGCCAAAACUUGGGGUUCCCACCUCCACUACUUCCAUAUCCACUGCUACCUCUCCACCUUCCUCUACCACAUUUGCGACGUCAAGCAAGUUGGGACAGCUCAAAGCUAAUGUCAACCCCAGGGCCAUAGUUGCCAGUGGAUCAAAGGCUAGAACCUUGUCUGCCAGCAGUUCCAAGACCCUUAACUACUCCACCAAAUCUGAUGAUGCGCCAACCGCACGCAAUGCCAGCCUACCUCCAACGGGGAAACCUCCAGCUCGUUCUUUGGCAGGGACCAAUGGUAAUGGCAAGCCUGGCAGGGGCACUAUCAUGGGCACCAAGCAGGCCAUCCGGGCUGCCAAUAGCCGAGUUAGUGAGCUUGUGGCGGGAAGCCCAAGGAAACAUCUAAGCAGGGGUUCAGGGGACAAUGCCAACGAUAGCGGGGCAAGCGUCAGCGGAUCCCCUGUCAGCACGCCGUUGCCCUCGCCCUAUAGCAAGAUCACAGCCCCGCGGAGGCCCCAGCGUUACAGCAGCGGGCACGGUAGUGACAAUAGCAGUGUGCUCAGUGGGGAGCUUCCACCGGCCAUGGGGCGUACUGCGCUCUUCUACCACAGCGGGGGCAGCAGUGGGUAUGAGAGCAUGAUCCGGGACAGCGAGACCACAGGCAGUGCCUCGUCAGCCCACGACUCCAUGAGCGAGAGCGGGGUGUCCACCUCUAAUAGGAGUAGAGUGUCUAAAUCACCCAAGAAGAGAGGCAAUGGCCUCCAGCGGCGCCGUCUCAUCCCUGCUCCCCUGCCGGACACCUCCUCCCUGGGCAGAAAGGCUGGCGUUCCAGGCCAGUGGGUGGACUUGCCCCCCUUGGGUGGGACCCUGAAAGAGCCCUUCGAGAUCAAGGUGUACGAGAUCGACGACGUGGAACGGCUGCAGAGGAGGCGAGAGGGUGCCACGGGGACAGAGCCAUUCCAGGAUGUGGAAAAGGGACUGCUGUACUUCAACGCAAGACUGAGGAUGCUGGAGAAGAGGCAACAGCGGAUCAGGGAGCUGAGGGCCAAGCACGAGAGGUUGAGUGGGGAAUUGGAGGAUGCCAAGAGCAGGCUGAUGCUGGACCCUGGCAAGUGGACCGGAGAGUUUGAGGUGGACCCCGAUCUGGACAAAGAGUCCCAGGAGUACCUGGAGGCUUUGGAGCAGGCCACGGCCGAACUGGAGUACUGUGUCAACCUAUGCAAGUCGCAUGUCAUGAUGGAGACCUGCUUCGACAUCGUGGUGUCGGCGACCGCUGUCACGCAAGGGGGGCAACAGAAAGGAGGUGUGGAGGUGUGAGAAAGCUAGAGCAAGUGAGAGAAAGUCGAUGUGAAAGGGCAACGGAGCAAAACAAGCGCUUCAGAGCCUGAGAGACUGAUGAUAGAGUCAAAGGAGGAGAAAAGGCGGAUGGGAAAGAGGACUAACGUGAAAGUCAACCGGUGUAGGUUACAGAGGUUACCAUAUGAAUGGAUAAAGGAACAGAGGUGCAGGUGUGCUUACUUGUACAGUAGAGAAAGCCUGGCUUCGAUCAGAGUACAAUUAAAUGGAACUUUGGACAAACAUUCUACGUUUCCUGUGGGAGGAAGGAAAGAUCUAACCGAGGACGACCGAACACCUUUGUCACCGUCACCAGAAUGUGCCUUGAUCAGACUGAUUCCAAGGGAAUAUCAUUUUUUUCUGACCAGUGUUAGUCUUAAAAACCAGCUUACCCGAGCAAACUCUAAAUGUAUUCCUUAUGAGAAAAAUUGUAUUUUGUAUUGUAUUGUUGUAUAGUGUAUUUAUAUGAUUACAAAGUAUGUAAAAAAAAUAAUAUCUUUUUGGGUAUGAUUGAAAAAACAAACCAUGAAUAAAAUGAGAGAAAAGCAAUAAGUUGAUCAUUAUUGCAUACCCGAACCUUUGCCUUUCUUUGUGUUCAAAAAUGUUUUACAGCCUUCUCCGCCAAUAGUGAGAAGUUCUGUUGGCCAAUGAGUUUCCUUUGAGUAAGGACAAAUGUUACGCAAACGUUUGUAUCCGUUCCGAAUAUCUGCGCUAGUAGAAGGCUGUCGGGAUUGAUUUGAGCUCAAAACUGACUUGCGGUUGUUUAUAAGCUCAGUUUGCAGUCAGUUGUGCAGAAAAAUGUACAGUCCAUACGGAAUGGCAUUGUCUCUUAUAGUUACCGUCAUCUUGCGAGAUUCUGAUCUGCAGAGAGAGAGAGAGCGAGAAAGAGAGAGAGAGAGAAACAUUCCCAAAGGUCUUUGCAGAAGUCUUUGACCUUGUGGCGUUUAACUAAUGUGACCGGUGGCAGCUCGUAAAUCAGCCAGUUGCCAUUUAAGUGCCCAAGACUUGAUUCAAUGCCCAGUUCUGCAGUGUGUUAAAGAGAACAAUGUUGAAAAUCUGUGCCAGAUUCUGGACACAAUUUCACUCAUUUCUACCUGCUUGCAGUGUAGGGGUAUUAACAUAUUGUAUUUGUUUUGAAAGCUACCCUUUUCAUAAAAUAUAUACAUUUAUCAAACAUUUCACUUGAUAACAAGUCAAUUUCGGGGCUGGAUUGGUGAUGGAAUUGACCCAACUUUAGCUGAGGCAUUUCCCAUGGAUAUCCUUGUGAAUGAACUCACAAAAUAUGAAUGAGGUUUGAAAUGUAUGCCUAAACUUGUUUCAAUCAAGUGGCUAUGUGAAGGAAGCACAAUGUGAUGUCUGCCUCCGUAAGGGUUAGAGGUGAGAAGCCAAAAGGAUGACCUGCCAACAGCCAAUGAUAUGAGGAAACUAGUUCUGACUAUGCAUUCCAACCCCUUUUCACCCACCAAUGUGCAGUGAGUCUAAUACCACAAAUACCACAGUGCUGGGUUAUUCACUAUAUAUGUUGCACUGUUGCUUUUUGUCCUAAAUGCUGAAUGUUUGUUUAUCUCAAAUGGUUAUUUGGUCCUCCUGCAAGCCCAAUGUUAGUACGUCAUCUCUGAGAACUUCUCUAGAGUCGUAUCAAUGGGCUCAAUGGGCCAGAUAGGGCAUAGAUGCAUUUCCCUCUGGACUGUCAAUAAGUCAAACAGUUACCUCUUGCUGUUUCAUGUGUUUUCCUUCCCUUGCAAACAUAUACUGUACGUCCGUGUUAGAUUACCUCGGUUAAGAGGUGGAAACCAUCUAAUGAAAAUAUACUCUUCUUUUGUCCUACCAUGGAGGAAUUCUCAGGCCCUUUUUAGAAGUUGCUGCAUGAGAUCAAUCUUAUCAUUUUCGUAACAAGCCUUGGUAUUCAGUUUGAAAAAAAGUUUUGCCAAACAAACACAUUUCUGAGAUGUGUUGACCAGGUAAUAUAAGAUCUUUAAUAUAUAAACCCUUUUUCCUAUUGUCUUUGGUUUUAUACUGUACAGUUUUAUAAUCAUUUGUAAAAAAAGUUAAAAGAAAGGAAAUGUAUAGUAUUACAGUUUGCAUUGAUUCAUACGUGUCAAUAAAGGAUCUUAAUCCUCUUGUUUCUAGUA